AUGCAGCCGCCUGGCACCGACGCCGGGGCUUGGGUCUCUGCCUGGCAGGCAUGGCGCAGACGCGUGGUCAGGACGCCCUUCCGCGCGGCCGCUCUCUCACCCUUCUGCUCCUGCAGCUCCUGGCCUGCGGCGUCCCUGCGAACGGUAGGGGAGCGCCCGCGUUGCAAGGGACGCCCGGCAGCGGGAGGGGAGCUCAGCCCGGAGCCGCCUGUCAGCUCGGGGUUCCAGACGUCGCUGCAGGGGCCGUGGGCGUGCCCCGCAGGGCCCCUCCGGCCUCACCAGUUCUCUGGCAUCUGCCCCCAAGGGAGAGCCGACUUCGCGGUGCUGGCGCCAAGCCAGCCGAUUCUAGCUGUGCUGGAGAAAGAUGCGGAGCUGCCCUGUCACCUGUCGCUCAACAUCAGCGCCGAGGACAUGGAGCUGCGGUGGUACAGGGACCAGCCUUCCCCCGCAGUGCACGUGCACAGGGCGGGCCGGGACGUGCAGGACGAGCAGAUGGCGCGGUACCGGGGCCGGACUACGUUCCUGGGGGCGCGCCUGGCCCAGGGCUGGGCCGCCGUGCGGAUACACAAUGUCACCUUGGCUGACAACGGCUCGUUCCGCUGCUGCUUCAGGGACGGUGCUGCGUUUGAGGAGGCCACGCUGUGGCUCAGGGUGGCAGAAGCGGCUGUGGCUGCAGAGAUUGGAGGGGGCCUCUCUCCCCACAGGCAUGAGCUCAGAGCCCAGGAUAUCCGUGCAUGUGGCCCACACAGUGUCUGGGCAGAGUGCACCUCGGCAGGCUGGUAUCCGGAGCUCCAGGUGGAGUGAAGGGAACUGGGACAGACCCUGCCUUCUGUGACCAACCUGUCAGCCUUGCCAAUCACCUGCCUCCUGGCCAUGGUGUCCAGGGUGACCGUCCAGGACAGGGCUGUGGCAGGCCUCUCCCACUCCGUCUUCCACACCCUCCUGAAGAGCACAGUGGCUGAAACCCACGUGCUGGGUGAAUGUUCUGGUGUACUACACAGUGAUUCAAUGCUUGUACAUACUGCAAACGAUCACCACACUCCCGUUUCUGAAAAGGCCCCAUCCAUGGCAGUAGUGCUGUCUCUGGCCCUUGCUGCCGUGGGGCUUGCCGCAGCUGGGAUCACCUGCCUCUUCUGGAAGUGUUGGAGGAAAAAGAACAGAAAGUGGCUGGAUGAAGGGGAAGGGCUCGGAGGAGCAGAUAAGCAGGGACGGCAAGCCAGCAGGAAUGGAGACCCAACAUUCCGAGGCUGGGGAGAGGAUGACGUCAUCGAUGUGAGCCCAUCCCUGGACCCUGACUCCGCGAGCCCCAGACUCGCACUGUCUAAGAACAGGAAGAAAGUGAGGCGGCUGUUCUUUGCCCAGGAGCUGCCGGAGAAGCCUGGCUGGUUUGACCAGGACCCCUGCGUGCUGGGCCAAGAGAGAUUCUUGGCUGGGAGAUAUUACUGGGAGGUCCAAGUGGGGCUGAGGAAAGCUUGGAGCCUGGGAGUGUGUCUGGAGAGCUUAGAUCGGAAGGGAAGGGUCCCCAAGGCUCCCCAGCAUGGGAUCUGGGCCCUGGAGCUGUACAAGAAGGAGUUCUGGGCCCUCACCUUCCCGAGGGUUCUCCUGCACCCACCGGAGCCCCUGCAUCAGGUGGGGGUCCUCCUGGACUGCGAUGCCGGCACAGUCUCCUUCUACAGCGUGGAUGACAGAGCCCUCAUCUACAUGUUCUCUGGACUCCCCUCCUCAGUUCCUCUGCGGCCAUUCUUCUGCCUCUGGACACAUGACCGCCAGCCCCUGACUAUCUGCUCAGAACAGCAGCCGCCAGAGGUUCAGGGGCAGGCCCUCCGACGGAGCCGACAUUCUCCCUGCCCCAGCCUGGCCCAGUUCUUUGGGACCUGUGUCCAGUCCCCUAGGUCCUAGCUCGGCCACAUUCAGGGGUGCAGCUUUGUGAAUUAUCCUGCCUUAUCUUC